AUGACGGAAGAUCGAGUUGCCGAACAGACCCUAAGCAAGAGCUUGCAGCAGAUAAAGGGCUUACUAUACGGCGAUGGAGAACCCGUGCCCGAACUUCUCGCCCAGCUCGCGCAGGAAGUGUACAGCACCGAUCUGCUCUACCUCCUCGUCACUCACAUUGCCAAAUUCGACUUCGAAUCCCGCAAAGACGUCGUUCAGAUAUUCAACAACCUCCUUCGACGCCAGAUCGGCUCGCGCUGGCCCACCGUCGAGUACAUCUCGGGAAAGCGCGAGGUCUUGUUUGCCGCGUUGGCUGGAUACGAGAACGAGGAUAUUGCGCUGAACACAGGCAUGAUCUUGAGGGAGAUGUUGAGGCACGAGGGGUUGUGCAAGAUCUUGCUGUACUCGGAUCAGUUCUACAAGUUCCCGCAUUACAUUGAAACAACUACGUUCGGGAUCUCAACGGACGCGUAUACGAGUUUGAAGGACACAAUCACGAGACAUAAGCCCAUGGUUGCGGAGUACUUGGACAAGAACUACGACCGCUUCUUUGAAUCAUACACGGCACUCAUCAAGUCCAGCAACUACGUAACCAAACGUCAGUCCCUCAAACUAGUUGGCGAGAUCUUGCUCGACCGCGCCAACUUCGCCGUCAUGACCCGCUACAUCGCCAACGACGAUAACUUGAAGAUGAUGAUGAACUUGCUGCGCGAUAAGAGCAAGAACAUCCAGUUCGAAGCGUUUCAUGUGUUCAAGGUGUUUGUGGCGAACCCGAAGAAGCCACCACAAAUCGAGAGCAUUCUACGGCGAAACAAGGAGAAGCUAUUAGUCUUCUUGAAGGACUUCCACAACGACAAGGACGAUGAACAGUUCACGGACGAGAAGCAGUUCUUGAUCGUCCAGAUUCAGAACUUAUGA